AAAAAAGAAAGAGAAGAAAAACAGACAAAAAAACAAAAAAAUGAUAAGAUGUGCAGAGUUCUUAAAAACCACUCAUCCUACACAUCUGUUAUUCUAAUUUUUAGAUGUGCUUAAUCCUCAGAUAAACAAUAAAAAUUUUAAAACGCCGAAGAGAAGACGUCAUGGACGUCGAAGAUGAAAAUAUCAGCACCUUAAUGGCCAUGGGAUUUCCAGACAUUGGGGAAAUUAAAAGGGCACUGCGUUUAUCAAAAAAUGAUUUGAAUGAAGCUGUUGCCAUUCUCACCAACGAUCAAUCUGUGUCUUCCUAUGGGCCUGUUAGUGAUUUAAAUAUUGAUGUUGAUAUGAAAGAGGUAGCUGGUGUUUCUAAAGGAUCAAGUGAAGAAGCAUCUGUGGCUGAAAGUGGAAAUGAUGGCUUUCCUGAAACCCACCUGUAUGAGUUGGAGUCAAGGGUCUUUACAGACCAAUGGUCUAUACCCUACAAGAAAGAUGAAAGUUUACACAAAUGCCUUGCAGCUGCCACAAAGCUGAUAGAAGAAGGUUUUGGAGAGAAUGAUGAAAACAUGCAGAGGUUUCUAAAUAAAUGCAUGCCUGAAGCAUUCAGAAAAUUACUAAAUUCUACAGCAGUGCAAAGAUGGAACUCUGAAAUCCAAAAGGGAAUCUUUAAUAUGCUGGAGCUAUUUGUUGAUCUUCUUGUUGUUCGUAUGAAGCACAAACCAGUUCCUGUUCAAAUGCUUAAUCAGGUGUUUACAUUGGCCUGUGAUUUGGAUUGUGAAUGGAAUUGCAAGAAUAAAGGACAGCAAAGUGAAGAAAAGCAUUGGGAAGAUUUGUUUGGUCCAGGGGAAAUAUUUGCAAGAUCCCCUGAAAAUUUUAACCAGGACCCUUAUGGCUGGCUUGUAGAUCUUCUGAAUCAUUUUGGAGUAAAGAAUGGAUUUGGAAUGAUUCAGGAUAGUUUUGAAGAUGAUCUAGAUCCUGUUUCUAUGUCAGCAAUAUUAAGACCAUUGGGAAAUUGUGCUGAAUUUUUGAACCCGUCGGCUGUGUGUCCAAUGCUUACAAAGUGCCUGAAUCAAGCCCUUAAUCAUGUUACUAAAUUAGAUGAAAAAGAUUUAAAGAACAAGGAUAUUGGAGCUGUUCUUGAACUGCUGGUUGCAUUAAAGUUACUCUGCAAGUGUUUGUGGCCUGAUCUUGCUGACAGGAUGAACAACAUCCGCCUUGAAGUUAUAUUGCGUAUGUUGAAAACACCUCAUUUUAGCACACGGAUGAAUGCCCUAAAAGAGGUAUCAAAGCUGGUUGAAGAAGCGGAAUCCACAUCACCAAAGAAGUCUUCAAUUCCUGGAGACCAGUUGGCGGAAUGGUUGUCCGAUCAUCAGGUGUUGUCCGUUGCUCUUGAAGGCAAUAUUGAUCAUGUACAGUACACCGAUCGAAUUAAAGGCCUUGUCGAAUUUUUGGGCCCACGCCUAAGCUCCGAUGAACUGAGCCAAAUCUGGGCUAUGGGAGAAAAAAGUUUUCAUGUUGUCGAUAAUCUUCACAGUGUUCUAGCUGCGGCCGCCCCAAAGCUCGCACCGGCACAAUUGGAUCAUUUGUUGCUUCUUGUCCAAGAGAAAUGGCAGCGCAACUCGAAUGAUCGAAUGCGAGAAAAGCUACUCAGCUUUCUUGGACAGCUAGGGAAAGAGUGUCGAGUAUCAAAAACCGGUUCGAAAAUAUUGGAAACGUUAUGGGAUUUGGCCCGCUACGCCGGACUUCCGUGUCACUUGGUAGAGAGAGCCCUUGAUGAACAUUUGAGUGUGUUGGCGGAAAUACCGAACAAGGAGCAAUUGAGAAAAACAUACGUUUUACGCUGUAUCGACGAUUUGAAAAAAGGGAAUCAGGGUACUCUUCCAUUGCUUCGACAUUUAUUGAAUGUUGCUCGAAGCAUGGUAAAAGGAAGUGGGACUUACCAUAAACCAGAUAAAGCUGCCUUGGCAGAGUGGAAUGCGAGUCACGAAAUUGUUAAACUUCUCCUAGUCUCCCUUGGAAAAUGUCAUCUACAGGCUGUUGCUUCAGCCAAACUUUUGUGCAAAUCGUUAACUCAAGAGACGAUUGUAGAUACAAGAUAUGGCUAUCGACACGGGCAACUUGUUCAGGCACAUCUUGAUUUGUUGCAAAUGCUUUUGAAAGAAGCUGACUUAUAUCUUCCAUGGGCUCGGUGUAAGGAGAUGUGGGACGUUCUUGUAACGAAUCCAGAUGGAUGUGAAGCCGACAGAGAGUGUUGUUUCCAGUGGUUUGCAUCCUGCUUGGGUGACAUGCAGCCUGAUACACAAAGUGCUCUAUUUCGAGAAAAAAUCUUAAAAAGUGACCCUGUUCAUCUUACUUUGAAAGGAUUUGAAUGCGUAAAAACGUUUUUCGAAUCUGUAAAUGUGUCAGAUGGUAAAAUGCGAAGGUUUGGAACGCAAGCGAUGGUGGAGAAAUUAGAUCCAGUUGGUACUGAUUAUUUUUGGCAAGUUGCCUUGGAGUCUCCAAAUGAAGAUUUAGCCAAGGAAGCCAUGACACACAUUUUGGAUAUCUCAUAUUUGCAUCUUGCACCUCGGUUGAAGAAAGAUCCUGCGGUGUUGCAUAGGAAAUUUAUUAAUGAUUGCUACAAGCGGCUAGAAACUCAAGUUCCCUGUUCCAAAGCUACGGGCUCAACCACUCCUACCAUUGCAUUGGCUCAGUUAAAGUCAUUGGCACCUGAUAAAAAAUCUGGCUGUCUCCAGCACAUCAGGCGACUGUUGGAACUAGUGGAGAAAUAUAUAAGUGUCAUUGAAGAAAGCCACCCAGCUCCAAGGACAAUUCUACCUCAUGGACUAUCAUUCAAAGGGGAACCAUUAGGGUUGCAUAUAAAAACCGAAGACUCCAAAACGGACAUUGAUUUAUUGGUCCAUAGCCAUGAAACUGUAUGGGCGGUAAAACAAAAAAUAGCUUCCCUUCUACGCCUGAAUGCUGAACAGCUAAUGUUAGUCAUUGGUGAUCGUCCCUCUAUCCUAGGUCGGGAACAAAAAUCAUUAAGUCAACUGGGUUGUACUGACAAACAAACGUGGGUCGUUAAAUCAACAUCUGGGGCUGGGACUGUAUCGAGUGGUGCGCAGCUUACUGAGUUGAAAGAAAAUUGGGAUGAACUACCUAGCACCCCAUCCCCAGUUGUUGGAGCUUUGUCGCCAGAAGCAGGUGAAAACGAAAUGGAGGAGGCUGCUGCUGUUUGCACUUCCAAUACAUCUGCUGCUCGCAUGUCUUUCCACAUAGAACAAGAGCGAUCCUUACCUGGCAUCGUUAUGGCUAAUGGUGGUCAAGUCUUCACCAUGCUUUAUCAACUCUCAGAAAUUAAUGAUUUAAAAAUUCAAGAAACUAUUCGGAGGCUAUUGCAUUUAAUUCCAACAGAUCCAGCAGUGCUAGAAGUUCUGGAAAAGGUUGCUUCAAGACGUUCUGCUGCUUCUGCUUUCUCGACCGCCGCCUCGUAUGACGCCGAUAAGCGUCCACGGCCUUCCGUUGCCUUGAAUGCCAGUAACCCGAGUACCUUGACACCUCCUGUGCGUGGAAGUGGGUCGAAUAUUGUGGGACAUGCAGCGAUCGCGACGUCUCCGACAAAAAGCAUACCUGCACUUCCUGUGUCCCACAGGCCGGGCGGAUUGACUAGUACUAUACGUUCUGCGAGCUUCCGGCGUAUUCCCCAUCAUCUUCCUGUAGAUAAAAAUGAUUCCAAGGAAUCUGUGGAAGAUAUGCUUCGAGGUUUAUUAAAUCCGACUGCCCCAUCCAUGUCUCCAUUUCGAGUACUUUAUAAUCUUGAGGUUCUAUCCGGGCGGUUAAUGCCAACGUUCUUCGACAGUACUGCGGUGAACAACAGUAAUGUCUUCAAGCAAGAAUUUCUGUCAGCUUGUGGACUGAACUUUGUGUCUCGUGUUCUCCGCAAAGACUAUUUUUCUCAAGAUGUAAAUUAUGAAAUUCGACAGGGUUGCUGUCUAAUUGCGUUACAGUUGGCACGUUUUUUGUUGUGUGGGGAAGUGGAUGAGGCGGCUUCAAGCAUGGCAACGAAAUCGCAAAUGACUCCCUCAAAGUUACAAUUAACGCCAACCAAAAUGACGCCCACGAAAAUUUCUCCUAUGCGCCAGACAACACCGAUGAAAAUUCAGCUUUCGCCUAUAAAGUUGCAAUCCGUCACCACUUCGUUGAGCUUUUCCUGUAGCCCCGUGAAAGAAACUUCCUUAGAGACGGCUAAAGCAGCUUUGCAGGUGUUGCAAACUCUGAGCGAGGCCGAAUUCCUAGACAUGAUUUCUUGCUUCGUCCGCGUCUGUUGGGCAGCCGCUGCAGGGAAGUUGUACCUGGCUGCAGCACCUGGAUCAUCCUCUCUACCAAACAAAGACUUUGGUGGCACAGGCGAAAGUGGCGCUGGCAGCAAUUGUAGCAUCCCAUCGUCUCAAUCGAAUCCUGGUAGAAGAAGUCGUCAGAGUAGCACGGGUAGCACUAGCAGCAGUAGUAGCUCUGGAGAUACCGACACUACUGGUUUAUAUUUUGGAAUAUGCGCUUCUAACAAAGAACUGUGUAGUAAAGACAUUCUCAUCGCCUGUGAAGCUCUUGAGUUGUUGAUAACGUGUCUCGAAGUACGAGGCACGAAAGAGCUAACGGCAUUUUUCUCCUUCCCAUACGUAAAAGAUUUCAUUAUCGACAUUCUUCUUGGUUGUGCCAGUUCAGAGGUGAGAGACAAAGCUUCGGCUCUGUUUUUCAGACUCAGCCAAGCACAAAAUCAAUUUAGUAAGCAUUCGCUAACUCAGAUAUUAGUUAAGGCCCCAGUUCCACUAUGGAUAACAUCUUGUACCACGCGAGGGGCAUCCCAGCGACUUCUAGCGCAGUGUAGUCAAUAUUUUAAUCUACGCUGUCGCUUGUUAUCAUCACUGUCUUCAGCUGAUCAGCGCAGUUUAGGGCUUGUGGCUGUAUCGAUGCUCAACGAUGAAGUUGCAUGGUUAUCAAAUUUUACUCCGUAUAGUGGAACCUAUUCCAACGAAAUGGAACAAGCUGAUAAUGCUUUGUUGGCUGGCCAUUUGAAUGUGGUGAGAGGACUGCUAAAUUGCGAAGGCGUAAAUCGAAAAGAAGCAGGAAAACUUUUGAUUCCUGACCUUCUUAACCAAUACCUUUUCCCGGCGUCGAAAUUAAUCGCUGAGGGAUUGAAGCGCUCCAGCUUCUUAUCCACGCCCACGAAUAUCAAUCCGAAAUGCAGUCAAGCGGAAUCGAGACUUGCGGCGUACGCAUUAAUCAUUGAAUUGGUGUUUGACUGCAGAGAAAAUCUUGAAGCCAUCGUCAAACAGUUAAUAUCAAUGCAUCAUAGAUUCAACCCAGAUUUAGCGAAAGAAUUUGAGUUCGAACCAGCUGUGGAAGGUCGAGCUACUUGUAAUUAUGUGGGGUUAAAAAAUGCAGGAGCAACUUGUUAUAUGAAUUCAGUUAUCCAGCAACUCCUUCUCAUCCCAGGCCUCAAAGAAAGCCUUUUGGCAAUCGAUGAUGAAGACUCGGACGAAGACACACUUUUUUUUCAGUUCCAAAUGGUCAUGGGGCACUUGCAGGAUUCUAAGCUGCAACACUAUGUCCCUGAGAAGUUUUGGCGUUGCUUACGACUUCGUGGUCAACCAGUUAACGUUCGUGAACAGCAAGACUCUUUUGAAUUCUUCACACAUCUGGCUGAUAGUAUCGACGAACAUCUCUUCAGAAGUGAGCGUGAAAAAUUAUUUCAGAAUACGCUUGGUGGCGUUUUCAGCGACCAAAUGAUCUGCAAAGAAUGCCCGCAUCGAUACGAACGAGAGCAAAUCUUCCUUGCUUUGAAUCUUACUGUAAAGAGCCACAAUCUGGUAGACUCACUAGAGCAGUUUGUUAAAGGAGAACUUUUAGAAGGGGAUAAUGCCUACUUUUGUGAAGAGUGUGGCGUGAAGAGGAACACGGUUAAACGCAUGUGUAUUAAAACACUGCCAUCAACCUUGGUAAUUCAACUUAAGCGUUUCUACUAUGACUGGGAUGCGGGAAGGUCCCUCAAGUUUGAUGAUUAUUUUCAGUUUCCGUGGGAUUUAGAUAUGGCACCGUACACGUCAGAAGGCAUCCAAGAGCGAGAACGAACUGACAGUCCUAGUGUGGAUGUAACUUUAACGUCUUCCUCCAAGAAUCGCAACAGCCUAACUUUAAAGAGUACCCGAAUGUCGUCAAGCAACUAUGAGCUCGUCGGUGUCGUUGUACACAGUGGGCAAGCUAGCGCGGGACAUUAUUAUUCGUUUAUCAAAGAAAGGAAGCGUUCGGACAGCACUUCUCGUAAUCGAUGGCUGAAAUUCAACGAUACGACAGUUGAAGAAUUUGAAAUGAAUGAUACAACGCUAGAAGCUGAAUGCUUUGGUGGGACCUAUAAAGCAAAAAGCUACGAUACCACGAAUGGUUUUCCAGAAACACGACAGCGGUACUGGAACGGCUACAUUCUCUUCUAUGACAGAGUGGAAGAUCCCACAAAAACACCGCGAACUCCACGUAAGGGAACUAUCAACUCAGUUACAAAUUCCAGUAUUGUGACUAGAAGCCGAUCCUUCCGUGCUGUUGGAUCACUAUCGACCACACCCAAUAAACUUUCAUCAGCUUCGAUUGGAUGCGUCCCGCAACGUGACAGCCUGAGUCAGUUGUCAGAAUUGCUCAACCAUGGAGAAAGGCAAGGUGUUUUUGGAGGCAAAAUGCCUGCUCGCGUACAGCAAGCUGUCAGAGAAGAAAAUCUUCGUUUUCUGAAAUCUCGGGAUGUAUAUUGUCCCGACUAUUACGAAUUUAUCUACGAAUUGUGUCAAGCUAAUGCAUCUAAGGACGUGACAACCGGCACGUGCGCAAUACCAUCAGUGAAUCUUGCGGUUCACUUCCUUUGUCACACCUAUUUACGAAUACGUGCAAAAGAAUCCAGUCGGCUUUCUUCUUGGGUGGAUCUUAUCAACAAUUACACAUCCGAAUUUAAGGAGUGUUCUCUCUGGAUCGUUGAUUUUUGGUCAGGGGAAGAGGGCACCAAGCAUAUCAAAUCCUUCCUAUUGGAAUGUCCAUCGCGCAGUGUACGUCAUCAAUUUUCGAGGAUAUUGGAAAACUCUUUAUCGAGUUUCUUUAACCAUGGAGGUCAAACGACUGAGCUGUGUUUAAUUAAGCUGGUUGAAUCCCUGCUGUCGAUGCUAGACAAAGAUGUUCCAGACAAUUGCAAAACGUGCCCUCAAUUUUUUUACCUUCUUUCAUCCUAUGCGAAUAUGGGAGUUAAACAAUGUCAACAUUUAUUUCAACUUGGUGCAUUCCGUAAGCUUCUGGUGUUCCUUUUGGGAGCCGACAGGGUUGGACAAAGUCCGCCAUCGCCUUCAUGUUCUCCGCGAGAAAACCAUUCUAAGCCAACAACUAUGAGUCAAAAAGGUCUUGCAAUUCCUUUGCCAGCUCCUUCACCAACCUCUACAUUGCAAAGAAGAUGGAGCCAAACACAAGCCAAGGAUUUCCAUGAUCUUCAUACGACAUUGGCGACGAUGAUCCUUCAGUGUGAUUUGCAAGACGAAGACGCCGUAGUUCACGAAGCUGACAAUAGCGGAAAGUUUGCUGCACCCUCUGAUGUGACAGCAGCUCUAUAUGGACAAAACUCAGUUUUUUACCUCCAAGAAUUAGUCGUAGCGUGCUGCCAUUUGAAUAACAUCAGUUGUACGUCAGCAGUAAUCCGAAUGUUGCUGUAUGCCGCCCGGGGCAAAUUGGAUUUUUCACGUGCUCUUCUUCGUGAAACUCUGCACCAGUGCGCGGUUGUUUCCGCAAGCGAACUAAAAAAUUUGACACAACUACUUCAAGAAAUUCUGGUUUUGGAAGAUGGCCAGCAGUUUAAUCGACUUCAGUGCGUUAUAGAUGGUUUUACCGACAAGGAUGGCCAAUCAGUUGAAGGCGUUCUAGCGUUGAUACAAUCGCAGCAGAAUAAUGACAGUCGGCGGGCCUAUCAGCUAAUGAAAUUCCUGGUCAGCCUAGCCAAUCGCUUGCAGGUUGCGAAAGACUACUUGUUACAGUCACCAAGCAAGUGGCAAUGGUCUGUAAACUGGCUGAAACAGAAGAUAGAACAAAGCUACUGGUCACCGCACGCUGACUUGAGCAAUGAAAACUCGAACACUCGAAUAUUUCAGCGAACAACGUCUGCUCAGGUUACGCUGGAGGAAGCUACAGCACUAUUGACCGAGUUCGAAUCAUCAGACAUGGAAACAGAAACUGACCUCGAGUUUGGAUUAGCCCAGUCUGCCGAGAAUGAUGAGACGUCCACUACCCUAGAAUCAGCCUCGAUGUCGAAGUGUCGUUUCAGCUUAGGUCCCUCUUAAAUUGGUUAUGGUGCCCAUUUAAGUUGCCUGUUAUGAAGCCAGCUGUUGUCGAUUUUUGUGCAUUGAAAGAUCUGUAUCGUUAAGUGCAUGUGCCUGUCGUUACAGCAGUCCAAACCCCCUCUAAAAGCUGUUUGAAUAUGUGCCAACUUUACAUGUCCGCUUCACGUAGACAGACGGACGUGAUCACCUUUCUUUGAAGCUAACGAAUUACCUUGUAAGCGUGAUGCAAAUACAGUUUCAAUAGCCA